GAAAUCACAUGAGCAGAAAUAAUCCUAGAACUGGAGUUUGUGUCUAUUACUGCAAGAAUGGUGAAUAUCAAGACAGUUUAUUUUCUCUUUCUGACUUUAAUUCAGGUUUAUUUAGCUGCUCAAGCAGAUUAUGCUCCCUUUUUCUUUGAUAAUGGACCUUACAGUAACAAUGGAAACAUGGCUUUAAUUAGUCUUUCAGAAGAUUUGCCCAUAGGUACUCAAGUGUAUAUAUUGAAUGGAACUGAUCCCGAAGGUGAUUCGGUGACAUUUGGUAUAUCUUUUGAACCAGGAAAGAAGGAAUACUUUAAGGUGGAUCCUCAAUCUGGAAAUGUAACUUUAAUAAGAGAACUUGACAGAGAGGAGGAGGAUGAAAUUGAAGUUCUUGUUAGUAUUUCUGAUAGCCAGAAUAAGGUUGUUGAAAAAAUAAGAAUAUUUGUCACAGAUACCAAUGAUGAAACACCACACUUUGGCAACAUAUCCUUUAUAGUGGAUGUACCGGAGGACAAACCUUCAGGAAGCAGCAUAUUCAAGUUUAAUGCAGUGGAUAAAGAUACAGGCUCUGGAGGAAGUGUCACUUAUUCACUGCAGAAUGUUCAGACAAGUAAAUUUGCUAUUGAUAGGCACAGUGGGGUGCUCCGAAUCAAGCGAGGAGAAACAUUAGACUUUGAAAAAUCGAGGACACAUUUUGUAACGGUGAUAGCCAAGGAUGGUGGUGGGAAAUACAAGGGAAAGGAAAAAGUGCAUUCAUCUUCAACCACCAUAACGAUCAAUGUAAUUGAUGUCCAGGACACACCACCAUUUUUCAUUGGCACACCAUAUUAUGGAUAUGUAUAUGAGGACACAUUUCCUGGAUCUGAAGUUUUUACACUUACAGCCCAUGAUGGAGACAGAGGAAACCCUAACAGUAUCAACUAUUCAAUUAUCGAUGGAAGUGAUGGGUCAUUUGUUAUAAGUAACACAAAUGGUUCUGUUAUUGUUCUUGAUGACCCCAUCCAUCUCAAGAAAGAGCUGUAUGAACUUAAAAUACAGGCUACAGAGAUUGACCCAGAUGGGAAGCUGGGUGCUCACUGCACAACAACUUUGACCAUCCGAGUAGUGGAUUUGAACAACCACCCUCCAACGUUUUAUGGAGAGAAUGGACCUCAGAGCAAGUUUGAACUUAACAUGUAUGAACAUCCACCAGAAGGAGAGAUAUUAAGAGGCCUAAAAAUUACAGUUAAUGAUUCUGAUCAGGGUGCUAAUGCUAAAUUUAACUUGAGGUUGGUGGGCCCUGGUGGUAUUUUUAGAGUUGUCCCACAGACUGUACUGAAUGAAGCACAAGUUACAAUAAUAGUUGAAAAUUCAGCUGCAAUAGACUAUGAAAAGUACCAGCUUUUAGCAUUCAAGCUUCUAGCUGUUGAAAUUGAAACCCCGGAAAGGUUCAGUUCUACAGCUGACAUUAUCAUACAUCUGCUGGAUACCAAUGAUAACAUUCCUAAAUUUUCCUCAGACUACUACAUUGCUAGAGUUCCUGAAAAUUCCCCUGGAGGUUCCAAUGUAGUUUCUGUGACAGCUGCUGAUCCAGACUCUGGUUUAUGGGGAGAGGUCAAGUAUUCAAUCUAUGGCUCUGGAUCCGAUUUAUUUCUUAUUCAUCCCUCAACAGGUAUCAUUUACACACAACCAUGGGCCUCACUUGAUGCUGAAGUGAAAUCAAAGUACAAUUUCUAUGUGAAGGCAGAAGAUACAGAAGGGAAGUAUAGCUUGGCAGAGGUGUUUGUCACAGUACUGGAUAUGAAUGACCACUGUCCUGAGUUUAACGACAAUAUUUUUGAAAAAACAAUGAUUAUUGGGGCACCAGUAAAAGUAGAGGCUGUAGAUUAUGAUGCUGAGGAGCCAAAUAAUGUUGUUGAAUAUUCCAUAAUGCAAACUGAUCCGGAUAAUAUUUUUGACAUAAAUGCAGCAACUGGGGAAAUCAAGCUGAAGCCUUACAUUAAAUCACUGGAUAUUGUCCAAAAUAUUACAAAACAAAAGGACUGCAAAUGGUCUGUAGUGAUUCAAGCUAAAGACAGAGGGUCACCAUCCUUUAGUACUACAGCAGUGGUGAAGAUCGAUAUCACAGAAGAGACUCGGCUCAGGGGCCCUAUGGCAGCAUUUUUAUUGCAAAGUAGAGAUAACCCUUUGAAAGCCCUAGGUGUGCUUGCUGGGGUCAUUUGCUUUAUGGUAAUCAUUACAGUCCUGAUCUCGACAGCCAUGUUCUUACGCAACAAAAAAUCCAACAGGAUCACUCCUGCCCGUCGCAUUAUCAAGAAAAGACCCAAAGACCAACACCCAAGGACAGCCAGAACAGCGUGGUUCAAGUUACGUCGUGCCAGCAACCUCUCAGAGAAGUUUAUAAUUACAGAUCAUGAUCAGAACUGUGAAAACCUUAACUCCAAUAACAAUGUUGAACUGCCAGCUCCACCUCCACCCUGUGCCCCUGUGUUGCCCCCUCCAACAAAGUACUUGGUCAACCCCAACAAAAUAGAGUUGCAUCUGCCCACUGUUUCAGGAGCGGUGGCCUCCAAAACUAAUACACAGUCACUUCAUAGCAAAAAUCCCAACAUCAGCACAGCUUUAGUGUCUGAACUCAAGGUGAAGCUUGAGAAAAAAAUGAUGGAUGCCAACACAUACCAUAUUUAGAUAUCUAUUUACCGUUCAAAUUUUACAGGUUUCUAAAAAUAAAGUCAACAGCUGUCAGCUUUGUUAAUGUCCUUCAGUUUGCAAAUGUGAACAUUGCCCUUGUGCUUACUUUACAUUUUUAAAAUCUAUUUCAAUGCAAACAAGCUGCAGCAAGAUUGGGAUCUUUACGACAACUUGUCUUGUGGAGUGUGGUUGAUUUUCAACUAAAGAAAUAUAUGAUAAAUCUAAUUAGCCUUAUACAGUAUGAACAAUACACUGUGUUAACUGAAUUUCUGCUCAUGCUGUUCAUUCAGCAUUGAUUUGUUGGUUUGGCACUGACUUGGCUCCUUGAAACUAGCUGUAUUUUUGGAACAAUACAGAUUGAAAUAUUUUGUAAAAUUAUUUUGAACAAUGCUACAUUUUCCUUCAAAGUCUUAUCAGUAACUACAUGAGUGAACCAAUUUGUAUGGCAAACAUCCUGAAAUAUAAAGAAAAUUGCCUGCACCCUGACCUAAGUAGAGUAAUUUUUUUCCUUUGAAAUAUUUUUGCAUACCAGGACCAAAGAGGAAAAUACAUUUCUGGCUUUUAUUCUUUAUAAGCUUUAAUAUUAAAUCAGAAAAAAAAUCAAUAUACACUCACAUGGAUAUUCAUAUUGAGGGAUUUACGUAAAUGCAUUGAAAUAUGGAAAGCAUGAGCUACAGUAGUUGAAAAGGAAGCUCAUUUUUGAUGGACUUCUGUAUCUCAAGUGAAGAACUGGAAACUUAAUAGAUUUGUCUUUUUGAAAAGAAGCAUUUAUUUAUAAAAUUCAAAAUGUACAUUUUCAAAAGGGUUAUUAAACUCUUGUAUAGCUUAGUUUUGUUUUUGAAUAUGGUGUUUUGUUGUGUUUUACUGAUAAAUGUGUAUUUUGAACGUUGCAUUAUAAAGAAACAUUGCAGAUUCCAAAAAUUCAGUUGUUCACAACAGUGCCAUGAUCUGGGAUAAAGCAUAAUCAAGAGACAGGACAAACAAAAUGCCCUUGUUUGAAACAGGUAGGCAGAGAUUUUCUCUUGUCCUUCACUUUCUUCCAAAGGUUUUGACUCUGCUAUACUUAUUUUCUAGUUAAUAUUUUAGUUGCUGUUUUAAUCGGUACAUUUCUAAAGAGCUCAUAAAGUAAAUGUUGCUAGGUUCUAUUAGAAUGCGUACCUUCUGUAAAAGACUCUUCAUGCUAGUGUAGCAAAUCAGUGGUCUGCAUGUUUAUCUAACAAAAUCCCACAGCCCCAACAACUCUGUAACAUGCUGUUCUCCAUUAACUUCAAACAAUACCCUUCUUCAGCAAACACGUUCUGCAAAAUAUUUUCUUUUUAAAUAAAUUGGUUUCCAUACUAUGCUCGGUUUUCAACCCUCAAGUACUGUUUGUGGGUGCUGGAUUAGUGUACUCUCAGUCUGAACUGGAUGGAAGUGGCCUAUUCAUUUAUAUUAUAUUAUUUGUUUUAAGCAUCUGUUUGUAGUAAUUACGUAUUAGGUUAUUAAGAAAAUGUCAGUUCUCCUAAUGAAGAUUUGUAUAUAAACUUUGGAUCAAAAUUAUGUUGAAUAAACAAUCAUACAAUAUCAUCCUUGGAACUUUGUUUAUUUGUGAGCUUGCUGCAUUCUGACAGCCAAUUAACUUGCUGCUGGACAGCACUAAUGCCUUUACAAGUGCUUUCAAGGUAUGGCGUGUUCAUCCACAGGUAACCAAUGUAACAACGCUAAAAAUGGUGAGAUGUGCUCAAAUUUUCUUUUUCUAGUUAAGA